UCAAAUAAAAAUCAUUUUUUUUCUUGUUUCAAAACGCAAUUCAAGACCCAGCAACCAGCAUGAGCGGCAACUUCUGUCCUCUCAGAAUUUCACGUUGUGAUUAAGUGAAGUCCAUUUUAAAGACAUCUUUUUGUUCAAGCCCAAAGCAACAAGCUUUCUUCAAUUCCUCAAUUGGGUCUCUAGAAUGAAUAGCAAUCUUUUUGUUCUCUCACAAUUUCACAUAGCGAUCUUUCCAAAGUAAAGAUUCUCGAAGCCUCAUAGUUUCAAAACCCAAUUCCAGACCAAAAGCAACAAUCUUUCUCCAAUUCCCCAAUUGGGUCUCGAACUUUUUAUUAGUGUUACGACUUAUGAGUUACUCGGGUGAGUUAUUGUUGCAACUUACACAACGAUGCAAGAAGCUUUCAAAACAAAUGAAGCAAAUCCACUCCUUUAUAAUCACCAAUGGUCACCUCCUUCAUCACUUAAAUGCUCCAUCAUCACAUCAAUGGAUGCCUACUCUUCUCUACAACGCCCUCAUCAGUGCCUAUCACAUUCACAACCACAAGGCUCUUCACCUUUUCUCUCACAUGCUUGCAAACCAAGCUCCACCCAACAGUUACACUUUCCCUCCCCUUCUCAAAUAUUCCCUUCUUCCUUUGGGCUCUACCCUCCACUCCCAAACCCUCAAGCGUGGCCUUUUAUCUGACCCCUUUAUUGUCACCACUCUCCUUGCCCUCUACGCGAGAAACAACCUCCUUCCUCAUGCACGCAGGGUGUUUGAGGAACUUCCCAUGGUUGGGAUUGUCGCUUGCAAUGCAAUGCUGAAUGCUUUCUCCAUGAAUGGGGACAUGGAGGCUGCUGUGUCACUCUUUGAACUCAUGCCCCAAAGGGAUGUUAUCUCAUGGACAACUGUUGUGAAUGGUUUUGCUUUGAAUGGAAAUUUUGGUGCCUCUAUUCGGUUUUUUGGGAAGAUGAUGAGUCAUGAGGAUGUGGUGGACGGUUUGGUUAAGCCUAAUGAGGCUACUUGUGCAUGUGUGCUCUCUUCUUGUGCCAACUUAGAUGGAAAAGUGGCUCUUGAUUGUGGAAAGCAAGUUCAUGGAUAUGUACUGAUGAAUGAGGUAAGGUUGGGGGUUUUUGUGGGAACUUCAUUGAUAAAUCUUUAUGGGAAGAUGGGGUGCAUGAGUAAUGCCGAGAAUGUUUUCAGAGUAAUGGUUGUCAGAGAGGUGUGCACAUGGAAUGCAAUGAUUUCUUCAUUGGCUUCCAAUGGUAGAGAAAAGAAGGCGCUGGACAUGUUUGAGCAGAUGAAGCUUCAUGGGUUGAAACCAAAUGGCAUUACCUUUGUUGCAGUUCUUACAGCAUGUGCUCGUGGAAAUUUUAUUUGGGAAGGGUUGGAGUUGUUUCGGUCAAUGUGGCAUGACUUUCGAAUAGAGCCAAUAAUGAAGCACUACGGAUGUGUGAUUGAUCUUUUGGGUAGAGCAGGGCAUAUCGAAGAAGCAGCUGAGAUCAUUAGAAAUAUGCCUUUUCAGCCUGAUGCAUCUGUUUUGGGAGCCUUUUUGGGUGCAUGUAGGAUUCAUGGAGCCAUUGAACUUGGAGAAGAAAUAAGUAAAAAUGUGCUUAAAUUGCAGACGCAGCAUUGUGGCCAAUAUGUGUUAUUGUCAAGCAUGAAUGCAGAGAAGGAAAGAUGGGAUCAUGCUGCUGAUCUGAGGAGAGAAAUAAUGGAGGCUGGAAUUCAGAAAAUUCCCGCAUACAGUAUGGUUCACUAGAAAUAACUAUUUUCAAAAAGAUUGAGAAAUUCAGUGACAUGAUGAUUGUCUUGAUUUGGCUUAAUUUUCUACUGUUAUCCAACAUGGACAUAUUCUCCAGAUAUCAAUUUUCCUGAUGUCAAUUACACUUGAAAAAAAAAAAAAAA